CUGCUGAAACGGAAUCCCACGUGCAGUGUGUACUACUGUGUUUUUAACUGUUUUGAUGCAGCUCCUGGUUAUAAUGCGACAUUAGCGAGAUGCUCAGUUAUUACAUAUUCUUAUGAAAACUGAUGCAAAUAACACAUUUAGAGCAUCUAUUCCUUACCAAUGAAGACCUGCUCUAGCUAAGCUACACAAUGGCCCGGGUGCCUGGUUCUCGGACUCGGACUCGGACUCGAACUGAUGCCAUGGAUCAAGUCGGAUCAGCAGAGUCGUACCACGCUGUCCUGGAUUCAUGCCCUCCAGGCUAUGUGGAGAAAAUAUCGCGGUAUUUUGAGUCAUCGGUGGGACCGAGCAAACAGGAUGAAGGACCGGUAUGUAACGAACCGGCAGAAGCAGAAAGUGACUCGGGAGACAGUCUGUUCUUAACUCAGAAGUGCGUCCCUGAGGCUGUGAGAUCAAGAAGACAACGCCACUACAGCUUGAGGUCAACGCCCAUAUCUCCCAGGGAUCUAGAAGAGCCGUCCAGAAGUGAAGACAGUCCGUCGUCCUCUUCCCAUGAAGAAUCCAGAACUGACAAAGGGAGGAGGAGAAAGAAAUACACACUGCCAAAAUACCAUUUCCCUUUCCUCGCAAAGUGUAUGCUCAGAAGCACUCUGCUACCUGUCCAGAACGCGAGCCUUCAUCAUUAUGUGAUGGGGGGCUUCUUUAACUGUGUCAGAGACCUGUGGCAGGGCUAUCAAAGACCACAUCUGGAACCAUGUUUACCAACCGUUGACGUGGAUGGGCAGGACCUAUCCCCAUUAUCAGAAGAAGACGAGGAGAGGCCAGAAGAUGAAGACAUAAAAGUGGUGGAGAGGAAACAUUUUGUGGCGCCAUCAAAAGCAAAGAGCAAACAAACGUGGUGCAAGCCGUUAAAACAGCAGAGGAGGAGGGGAGCUAGUGACACCAGACCAGAAAUUACACGAGGAAGACGAACAGCGGUCAUACCAACGUCUUCAGGUACAGAGACCCCUGAUCGCGGAGAGUCUUCUUGCCGAGUUCGGGGCCAGAGAGAGAGGAACGAUGAACACAGAAACGUUACUAUUCGUAACAAAACGCCGAAGAGACGCCGCAACCGAGAAAGUCAAACCGGUGAGGAAGAGCUGUGCAACUACAACGAUGCGGUUUGUGAGCCGCAAAAGCCGCAGAGAAGGGACUCCACUCCAAAAAACGCUGUAAGAGAGCCUCAAACGGAUGGUUCCCACGUAGAAGAUCUGUUCCAGGCAGGACAGGACGGGGACGGAUCUGAAAGGCCAAGUCCCCUCCACAGUCUCUCAGAUGUCUUACGUGACACUCAUAAUGACAGCAUAUGCAAUGAAACCCAGGUAAAAAAGAGGAAAAAGAAGAAAAGAGGACAUCUUGAAAGUGGAGACGGAGGACAAAGCCAGAGUCAGGAGGAGCCGGGGGGUCUGCAUGCUGCAACAUCUGUAAACAUGGAUGUAGAAGAGACCCCCAGCCUGUCUGAGGAUAACGGGGCAGAGACUCCUGCAGCGCGGGCUAGUGAGCAGCGGGAAUUUAAUGAAAGAAAUGGGACGGAGAAGGAGUCCCGGGAUGAUAAAGUACUGAGCCGGGAGGAGAGAGACACGCCCGAUUCAAAACACAACAGGAAGAAGAGAAAAAAGAAUAAGUCUUCAGCAGACGAAGUUGAUGGAAACUUGGAGUCUGGUGUGAGAGCGGAGGAUUCUGUGUUUCCAGUGAGCUGUAACAUGGAGGAUGGUAGCAAGGAGAAGAAGAAGAAGAAAAAGAAAAAGAGGAGAAGUGGUGAGGAUGUUGAGCAUUCUGAGUCUGGGGCAGUUGCCGAACCCCUAAAAGACGAGGCUGAGAAACCGAAGAGGAAAAAGAAAAAAAGGAAAAAAGAAGAGGGGCUUGUAGAUCCAGAGCAACGUGAGGAGGAGGAGGAGGCAUCGACUAGGACUUUAGAUUCACCGCCACUAUCAACGGAACAGAUAGAGGAAUCAGGGAAUCGUUUGGAGCAUGCUGCAGCUUCUCUAGAAACACCCGAGUCCAGUUCUGUCAAAAGGAAGAAGCACAAAAAGAAGCGACAGUCAUCCUCUAACGAUGCUGCUCGAGAUGAAGAAGAGGGUGCAGAUGUGAGCUUUUGUAUGGACGAUUCCGUAACUUUAGCUAAAGGUUCAGGGACGUCUCUGAAAAAGAAGAAGAAGAAAGCCGCCUUCGAUGUCUCUUACACGCCUGAAGAAAAUCAAAAAACUGUAAAUAACAACCAGAAACCAGAGGAGGGUAUUGAAGAUCAAAAUGCUGAAAUGUUGAUUAAGGAAAAGAAGAAGAAGAAGAAGAAAAUCUGUAAAAUAUUGAGCAGGAAGAUCUCUGAAGACACAGUGGUGCAAAUCGAUGAUUCUGUGUCUGUGCGGGAAAAGGACGGGAAGAAGGCCUCAGCCUUCCUCGUUGCGGACACAGAGGAAAACGAGGCACAAAACCCUCACGUCUGGGGAGCAGAAAAACCCGUCGUCAGCGCUGGUGACUCGGAGCAACUUCUCGAUGGGUCCACAAAAAAGAAGAGGAAGAGGAAGAUGUCUGUAGAGCAGCACAGUGGGGAUUGUGAGUAUCCAACGGAAACAUGUCCGGGUGCUUUGUUUGAACUCGCUGACACAGGGUUGACAGGGAAAAGGAAACAACGGGUGGGAAAUGAAAGUAGGUCAGAAACCCCCACGGAACGAUUCGAAAGUACUGCUGACGUGGACAAAGGGGCUGUGGUGUGGAAAAAGAAGAAGAAGAGGAAGAAAAAGUGUGAAGACGAGCCCAGCCACGUGAUCCACGAGGGUCCGCCAAGUGGAACUGAAGAUGCCGAAUCAGUUGGAUCUACACUGAAUACCUGUCCCUCAGUUUCACACAAGAAGACGGGCAAACAUGGUCGCAGUGCUGAGGGAACUCUGGAUCUGGUUGAACGUGCUUCAGCAUCUCCAGAGACACUGGCGUUAAAUGAUAGGACCGACGAGAAGAAGAAGAAGAAGAAAAUGAAAUCCACUGAUAGUGUUUUGCUUGAGGGGAGAUCGUCGACCAGGUCUGCUGAAUCAGAGCCCCAACAAAACAAAAAGAAGGAAAGAAUUAAGCAAUCACCUGUCCCCACGAUCAUAUUCAGCAGCCCCAUCAUAUCCGAGACUUCUCUCUCAACAUCGCAAGUGUCUUUAGACAAUCUCGGGAAAACCAAGCAGAGAAAGGUCAAGCGGAGACUGCUCAAUCCCAACGAGGACUUCCUUGCAGACUGCUAGUAUGAAAUUGCUGAUUGGCUGAAUGUAGAUAGGUACAUAACUGACUAAAACGACGCCCUUUAUGUUUUUUUAGAUGGAUUAAGU